AGCACACGGAAUGAAGCGCCGGCGUAUAAAUAAGACAAUUCUCUGACGUGCAAAUUGGCUCUCCCAACCAGACAGCAGCAAUCAAUCUUUUCUACUAUGUUUUGUUUUUUUUAAGGUUGAUGAUCAGAAGUUUCCCCCACCUCCGGAGAGCGAGGAGGAGAGGCUUCAAGAAAUAAAUAAUUAAAGAGGAUGAGUAGUUACUACGAGAAGGGGAAUGAAUUAUUGGGGUGGAGGCUGAAGCUGUAUGGGGUGUGUUUGUUGUGUUCGGUGACCCUCAACCUUUAUUAUUAUUUCUGGGUUAAUCAUCAUCAGCAGCAGCAGAAGCUGAGUUGGAGCAGAGGUGCGGCGGAGGAUGCUGAGGCGGUGGCUUCCCUCACUUGCUCCGGCCAUGGUACAGCCUAUCUCGAUGGCUUGCUUGCGGCCGAGGGCGGCGGCACACCCCGCUGCGAGUGCAACGCCUGCUACGGUGGCUCCGACUGCUCCCAACUCUCCCCCCCUUGUGUUGCAGACGCGGAUAGUGGAAAUCCAGUAUUCUUGGCGCCAUUCUGGAGGGAGCAUGCAGCAAGCAGUGCGGUGGUAGUGGCGGGAUGGCAUCGGAUGGGGUAUUCAUUUCCCGACACUUCUGACAUCUCGCCGGAGCUGGAGACCCACAUCCGCGCUCUUCACGCCGUCGUCGGAAAUGCUGUUACCGCCGGCAGAUUCAUCGUCUUCGGCACCGGCUCAACCCAUCUCCUUAAUGCCGCCGUCUACGCCCUCUCCGCCACCCGCAACUCAUCAUCUCCGGCGGGAGUCGUUGCUUCCAUUCCCUUUUACCCGGUGUAUGAAAAGCAAACGGAGCUCUACCAUUCGGUGGAUUUUGAGUUUCAAGGAGAUGCGUCGUUGUGGAAGAACAGUAGUUCAAAAGGGCAAGGGAAUUUCAUCGAGUUUGUGACGUCGCCAAAUAAUCCCGACGGCGAAUUGAAGGAGGCUGUUCUUGAAGGUCCUUCAGCGAAAACAAUUCAUGAUCGUGCCUAUUACUGGCCACAUUUUACGGCGAUUCCAGCUGCCGCCGAUGAUGACCUUAUGAUUUUUACUCUAUCAAAGCUCACUGGUCACGCCGGCAGUAGAUUCGGAUGGGCAUUGAUAAAGGAUGAAGCUGUAUACCAAAGAAUGGUAAGUUAUAUUAUGACAAACACCGCCGGUGUCUCGAAGGAUACCCAGUUACGAACUUUGAAGCUUCUCAAAGUAGUCCUUGAAGAUGGAGGUAAGAAGAUUUUUGGAUUCGGAUAUGAAACAAUGAAGAAUCGCUGGGAAAAAUUAAGCAAAACAAUCUCAAUGUCAAAGCGUUUGUCCAUUCAGCAGCUUGUGCCUCUUUAUUGCAACUACUUCAGAACUGUCAGGGGACCUUCUCCAGCUUAUGCAUGGUUGAAGUGUGAGAGGGAGGAAGACAGAGAUUGUCCUGCAAUGCUGAGAGCAGCCAACGUCAUUGGCCGCAACGGUAGCUUAUUUCGUGCUGAAAAUCGCUAUGUACGUUUAAGUCUCAUCAAGAGCCAAGAUGACUUUGAUUUAUUGCUUCAAAAACUUGAGAUUUUAGUCUCUGAGGAAGCUGACAGCGAUGCCAUGACAAUGUGAAGAACAAAAUCAGUCAUAUUUAUAUUUUUUUCCAGUAUAAAUGCAAAUAAGCUAAUCACACAUUUAGGUAUGUGUGUAAGCAUGCAAUGUGUUAGUGUGUUUAAAGAAAGGGAUCAUGUCUAUUGAUCACCUGCUCAGUUGUAACUUUACUUUUCAGGAUUUAAUUGCUUGUAAAAUGAUUUCAUACAUAUAAAAGUGAUUGCAAAA